AUUUCCUUCAACAACUGCUACGCUAUGGAUUGAUACUGAAUCUAUUGCCGUUACCGCCUUUAUUGUUGUUGUCAUCUCAGUCGAAACCAACAACCAGCAUCUAGCCAGCGCUCAGCUGCUUCAUCUUCUUGUAGUUGUCGUCAGCUUUCCCAUGUAGUACUGAUAAACGAAAAUAUUGAAAAAGCGGAUGUGACACCUUCAUGUACUGGUAUGGACGACAGCAUGUAUCUGUUUGCUUGUGAUGCUGCUACUGGGGGAGGUAGUGGUGGUGGCAUUAGUGGUUAUAGUCAUGGACAGAGGUGGUAGUGGACAGAGGUGGAAGUGGUCAUCCUUCCACUGUCUCACUUCAAAGCAUACACAUGGUUCUCUGAUAUCAUUACUGUUUGAUAUGGAAUAAAACUUUGUCUACCUAUUGCUGGCACUGGAAAGCAGGGAAUAUUAUCUGAACGUCACCUACCUAUCGAUUUGUCUGUUUGUCUGUCUAUCGCUCUGUUUAUCACUAAACUAUGUUUGACUAUUUGUCUGCCUCCUGUUGUAUUACUCUGUUUGUGUCACUAUACACAUCUGUCUAUUUAUCUAUCUCUCUAUCCUAAACUUCUUUUCUUUCUCCGCCCUUCCCUCCCUCCAUGUAUUCCUCUCUUUCUGUCCACCCUUAUAGACAGACAGACAAACAUAUAGACGGAUGAGAGGAGGAAGCUCCGCAAGAAAUAUCCCUUGCUAUGUUGUUGAAAUUGUUGUUGAAGCAGCACGGAGUUGAAGAUCUUCGCCAAAGUUCUACCAGCCACAUGAGUGGGAUAAUACAGAGGACGGACAUUGAAUCCACAUGACUGAAAAUUGAGAUUAACAUAGAUUUUUACAGUGGAUUUUAUAUAAGACAAAUGCAGGGGAGCUGAAUAAUGGUAGGAAGGAAGGGAAACCACCAUAAUUUACAGCUUGUCAAAUUUUGACAAAGACCAACCAAUGCAGAAAAUUUAAUCCUAUUUCUAGACUCCGUAAAAUAUGAAGCCAUCAUACAGUUUGUGAUUGCUGAACGUGGCACCAAGUUUGAUACUGCAGCAUGAGAUAUCUUUUUAAUAUGGUUUCUUCACUUUUGAAUUUUUACCCAAUAAGGAAACCAAAAACUAGAAUCCAAAAUUCCCCAGUUAUUUGAAUGGUCCACAUUAGAUUUCAGCCAAAUGAUGCUGUUUAACUCAACUGACAGUGGAAGCAGCACUACAGCUGAAGGAUUAGUGAACAGUUCUCCAUUAAUGCAAACACUGCAGCCAAUUGUGGUUAACACAACUUUGAAUUCAACAUCAUAUAAUGGAACUGAAUCUUGCGAUGUUUGGCAAGAUGUCCAGCAUAUCCUCUUUCAGUUGGGCAGUCUGUGUAUGGCUUUUUCUUUCCUUACCCCAAUUAGCUUCCAAUACCAUAUAUUAUUCCUGAGAUGUCUUCUCCUUUUCACAUUUCUUUUCUACAUUCUCUGGGCUGGUGUCUUCAUAUGUGUGCCAGACAUACUUGGAUGGAACUGUGCCUUCUUUUGUAUCAAUAUCGGGCACAUUUUCUACUUGGCCUAUAGCAUGUAUCCCGUCCAUAUACAUAAAGAUUUUGAAGAUGUUUAUGCCAAAUUGUUUAAACCACUUGGUGUGUCCCGUAUUGAAUUCAAAUCAUUAACGCGGGUUGGCAGACUUGUUUAUCUGCGCCAAGGAAGUGUUUAUGCAACAGAAGGAAUUACUCCAUGUGGUGAGAAGCUUUCUCUUUUGUUACGAGGAAGAUUAAAAGUCACAUAUGACAGUCUGUUCUUACAUUAUAUCAGUUCUAACCAAAUUCUUGACUCGGCAGAAUAUGAAUACUGCCAACCUCACUGGCAAAACUGUGAGAAAUUCCAGGUAACAUUAGUAGCAACAGAAGACUGUAGUUUACUUUCCUGGAAUUGUUCAGCUAUCCAACGUUUUCUUCAUGACCAUCCAUUCCUUGGCACUGUCUUACAUAACUUACUGGGCAAAGAUAUCACCCACAAACUGUAUCAGAUUCAAGAGUUACUUCAGAACAACCCUGAUUACAUGCACUGCCCUCCCUCUAGCCGUCAUUCUUCCAUGGUGGACAUCCGAAGCAGCCUUGCCACUAAAACGUCUUGCAACAGCCUCACUAAAAUCACAAUCAAUAAUUCGUUGGAGUUGAAAGGCAUCCCAUCACUGUGUCCGGACACAAGUUAUAGCAGCAUCAGUUCAGACUCCACAGGGCUCCUCAAUUACGAAACAAGUGUCUAAAAACUUCAUAGCUAUGUGUGUAUAUGCACACACAUGCACAAUUAUAUAUAUAUAUUUCCAGAUAUUUUAAGCUAGAACUGUUAUGUAAACAAUCGAGAUUGCCUGAAAAAUCUUUUAGAAAAAUUGCCUUAAGUAUUUUUUAUGUGAAUUAUGUAUCAAUAAUCAAAUGGUGUUUCUUCUUAAUAAUGUGAGAAUGUAGUGUUUUGUGUUCACACAUCUCUCUUUUUCAUAUACACACACACCCACACUAUUAUUUUUAUACAUGAUAUAAGUUAUAUUCAUAUGUAUGUAUGUAUGUAUAUAUAUAUAUAUAUAUAUAUAUAUAUAUCAAACACUAGACUUUCACAAAGCAACAUUGAAUAAAAUAUAAUUGUGUACAAUCAUAUUUAACACAAUCAGGUACACUUGGAUGUGAGUAGACCUUUUGCUGCAGAAAAUUCUUUUCACAUACAAAAUGUACAAAAACACAUUAUUGGAUCCUAGGAUGUCUGCAUUUCUACGUCAUUUCAUGUUGUCAGCUAUGAAUAUCAGCUUUAUCUGUCACAGCCCUCUAAGUACAAUAGUUUUUAUUUAUAAGAACAGAAAAUAGUACAUUUACUGAUAUGGGAAGCUGUAAUUUAAUAACUAGAGUUGCAUAAAGCUGAUACACAUAUCAUCAGAUAUUGGAAGACAUGGAUACUUUAGUGCCACAUCAACUAAGUUCCAUGAGUCAGUUCUGUACACUUCAGUUUAAUGCAUUCAGAAGAAUGGGAAAGAAAAAUCAAUUCAGUUACUUAAUUAAGUUUAGUGAUUACAGCAGCUGAAAUCAAGCAAGCUAUGGACAAGAUGAAAAGUGGAAAAGUGACAGGAAAUGACUACAUUGCAUUUGAACUAGUAAAUGCUUUGGGGAGUUUUGGAGUAGAAAAAUGAACAGAGAUAGCGAACCAUGUUUACAACCCAGGCAUGGUUCCAGAAGAAAUGCUGGAAUCAAUCUUUGCCUUGCCUAAAAUGUCUGGAACAAUUGAGUGCAAAAAUCAUAGAAUGAGUCAUGUGACAAAGAUUAUUUUGAGAGUGGAAUUGAAUCGAGUGAAAGGUAUAUUAGGGGAAACCCAUCAGAUGAAUAGUUCAGUUAUCGAACAGGAAAGGAGGCAAAAAAUGCUGCUUGAGAACGUUGGUGGAAAAGUGUAUAGAGAAACAAAAAAACUUGUACAUCUGUUUUAUUGACUAUAUGAAGGCAUUUGACUGUGUCAAGCACGAAGAGUUGGUGAGAAUGUUGGAAGAGCUCGAGAUUGAUGGGAAAGAUUUAAGAAUGAUUCGAAAUUUGUACUGGGACCAGAAAGCAGCCAUCAGAGUGGAUGGAGAAUUGGGCGACUGGAUUGACAUUCAGAAAGGUGUCUGGCAGAGUUGUAUUUUGUCACCUGAUUUAUUCAACUUGUAUAGUGAGAAAGCUCUACACAAGAUCAAGACAAUUUCAGGGCUACAACUGGGGGAAAAGAAUUAUAACAAUUUGAGGUGCGCAGACAAUAUGGCUUUGUUUGCAGACACAGAGGAGAAGCUUCAAGGAUUGAUUAAUAUUAUGACUGAGGAGAGUGGAAAGCUUGGAUUAACAAUUAACUGCCAGAAAACCUUCUCAAUAGUCUGUACCAAGAAAGCACCGGUACUCGCAUGUCGCUUGACGGUGAAUGGAACUGGGAUAGAGCAGAAGGACAGUUUCAUAUAUCUGGGAAGCUGGAUAACAUCAGAUGGAAGGUCAGAUAAGGACAUCAAGUGCAGAACUGGAUUAGCAAAGAAGACUUUUAUGGAUAUAAGGAGCAUUUUUUGUGCAAAGAGAAUUGGAAUGGAAGUCAAGAAAAGACUAUUGAAGUACUUGUCAGUGCUAGUGUAUGGAUGUGAGUCUUGGACGAUAAGCAAAGUCAUGGAGAAGAGACUCAAAACUGCAGAAAUGUGGUUUUAUAGAAAAUGCUUAGAAUCUCAUGGGUACAGAGGAUGACGAAUGUGGAAGUGUUGAAGAGGAUGAAAGUGAAGAGACAGUUGAUGGAUACUAUCAGAGAGAGAGACAGUGGAGAUUUGUUGGUCGUUUUCUCAGAGAGGACGACAGAAUGGAGCAUUACAUGGUGGAGACUGAGCUGGUGGGAGGGAGAGUGAGAGGAAGGCAGAGAAUGAAGAUGUUUGACUGGAUGAAGAAGAGACAGAACGUGCAGAGCGAGAAAGACCUGGGUGAUGUUGUGAGAGACAGAAAUAAAUGGAGGAGGAACAAGCCACGAUUCAUCAAAGGCAUGAAUAUGCCAUGACACAAGAGAGAGAGAGAGAGAGAGAGAGAGAGAGAGAGAGAGAGAGAGAGAGAGAAGUUUAGUCCAAAGGAAAUAGCUGAUUAAUUUGUUAAAGGGGUUAAUUCCAUUGUGAAAUGAAUUAGUUAAACUCUAAUUAAAGCAUUAGGAGUAGGAUAUAAGCAUGGACCAAGAUAUGAUGAUGUACAGUACAAAAGAAAAGGGCUAGUAUUGAGAAAUAAAAGUAAAAAGUGAGUGAUUAGUUACAUCUUGUAGGGAAGGUAAACUGGUAAAGGGUAGGUGUGGUGAAGUAGUGCAAGAUAAUAUGCACAUCUGAAAAACCGCAUCAUAACUGUACUAAAUUGUACUAAAUACUGCACUGAAAUAUUAUACCUAAAAUAUAUUUGGGGUAACUGUGUCCAAGAAAUGUAAAUAUUUGUAAGGAUAUCCAAAUGGCUAUAUAUGAUGAACAUGAUAUUUUUAUAUAUAUUUAAUAUUUUUAAUGUAAUUAAUGUGGAUGUAUAGCAGUGAGUGCAACAGUAAAGAAGAUUUGGAUAUGUGCAUAUUGUCUGGCACUUUUAUCUUCCUAAAAAAUUCGAAUGAAUAAAUUGGACAAGAGACAAGAUAUUGUUUCAUAGUCCAAAAUGAAAAAGGAAUAAAGAGAAAUAAAGUAACUACA